UUUAUGGAUUUUUCCCGCUUUCACAAGAUUCAUGCCGCCAAAAAACUGACAUAAUGUGACGUAAAUCGAGCGUGCCCAAACUUCCCAUUUUGAUUACGGUAGUCAUUUUGUCACCCUCAUCAUGGCAAAGACACGGAGAAAUGCAUAUGAUGCAGCUUUCAAGUUGAAGGCGAUCGAUCUGGCUGUUGGAAAAGGAAAUAGAGCUGCUGACAGUGGGUUUUGAAAGGCUGGACUGCUGCGUGUUGAAGAGGGCAGCGAUCCAACAUCGGCUGACGCAAUUCUGAGGCUAUUCAACUCCGACACCGAAGGAGAUGACUUCAGUGGUUUCAGUGCACAGGAGGAGGAAGAUAGUGACCAAUGACUUACUUGGAGCGGUUCAUAGUGAUCUGGGAACCCACCGGGACACUGAAGAAGGCAUCAUGGGAAGAGAGAGACUGGAUCCUGCAGGUCUACUUCCCUUAAGAGGGCCGCAGGCUCACAGCACCCCGUCUUCGAGGAGAACCUGAAGGUGGAACCCCACCAGGAUCGUCAUGAGGAUGUGUUGGAUCUGUGCCAGGUCCAGUUUGAACCUGACUCCUCAGAAUACAUCAGGGUGCAUGCAGCCACCUUGAGAAAAUGGAGAGGUAUGAUCUGCUGCACUCCACCAGACACUUUGGAGGCCUUGUCUGGUACCUGGUCAAUGCCAGGAGGGUGGAUGGACUCAUCAUAGACAUGCUGCAGAAAGACCUAUGGCAGGAUGCAGUGAGUCUGGUGGGUCUGUUCAACAAGGUCCAGCCACACAGUGAAACAGCCCAGGAGGCCUCCAGCCAACAGGCCUCUGGACUGGACCUGCUCAAGAUCUACGCUAAGUGGGAGUCCCAGAGGGCAGGAUACGUAGAGCUGGCCCUGCAGGCCUACGAGCAGACUUCCGCAGAGAUCCGUCUGACCAUCAUGCAUCACCACACCUAACCACUGGAGAGCUCUGUCACAUCACAGCAUAGCUCCAUCUAACCGUCCCAUACAUCUCACACCCACAACAAUAAACCAACGGAGCAGAGUCAUUCUCCCCAAUGGCCUGCCUAUCCAUGACCCCAAUCUUUAAUCAACUGAACAAUUAUGGUAAACAAAGAGAAUAACUUAGUCCUUGAACUAUGGAGCUCAUCUUGAACCACUUGCAAGCCAAGUGUCCAUUGCCAAUGAAUGGCAUCAAAAUGUGCACAUAAUUGGGAUGCACCAAGCUUGACUUCUGUCGACGCAGUGCAGAUAUUCACUUCUGCAUUUCAACCUUGUAUUUUGUCCAUAACCUUAAUCAUACUGUAUCUCAACAUUGGAACUGACUGUAAGCUGUUUAAUUAUCAUGUACAUACAAAAUAAAAAUGUUUAUAUACAUUUUCUCAUUUAUUGCAUGCAGGGUAGCCUAGUGGUUAGAGCGUUGGACUAGUAACCGGAAGGUUGUAAGUUCAAAUCCCCGACCUGACAAGGUCUGUCGUUCUGCCCCUGAACAGGCAGCUAACCCACUGUUCCUAGGCCGUCAUUGUAAAUAAGAAUUUGUUCUUAACUGACUUGCCUAGUUAAAUAAAGGUACAAUAAAAGUUUUUAAUUAUUCCUAUGGCCUGAUUCA